ACGGUCACUUGGACUGCUAUUCUCCGCCGUCAGAUCUCCAUCCAACGGCCACCAGCCAAAGUUACGCAAUCCUUCUCGAACACCCGUUUCCUCUCUCUCUUCAUGAGUUUUUUCACUGCUGGGUACAUCAAAUCAAAUCAGUUGCAAAACCCAGAAAAGGAAAGAGCACGGCCACUGACGGCUAUGGAAGUGGAGAACGCUUCGUUAUAUAAAAACAGUCUUUUAUAGGCGUUUGGUUUUUUUUGGGUAGCCAAAAUUGAGAGGGGUGUAUCUUUGUUGAUCUCUUUCUAUUGUUUUUUUCAUGCACAUGCUUGCUUGAAAGGGUUUUUCAUAGGCUGGGCUUUCUGGGUUUUCGCUUAGAUUCAGAGUUUGCUGCUAUGGACUUGUUGCCUGUUUCAAAUGUCGAUCCGGGUCAGAAGAUUUUCCAUAGUUCCUGCUGCUACCAGUUUGAGCUCGUAUGCUUCAGGGGUUCCUCGAUUGGUGUGAGUUCAAUUGAAAACCAAAAUCACAGCUUUUUCCAAUGAGUUUUUUCUGAUAAUUUUGGAAUCCGAUGAUCCUUUUCUCGUAGGUGUGAAAUUAAUUUGUAGCCUUCAAUUCUUUGAUUCUUUGGGGGUAGGGUUUUGCUUGAUUUGUUAUUGGUGCACAUUCAUAUUCUUUCAUUUAGGAACACUUAGAUAUAUGAACGGUUUUCAAUUAGUUUUUAUUCAGUCUGUUUUCGCUUAAUUCAUCGGAUUCCUAUUGUUUUUGUUUGAUGAUUCUUUUUCAUUUGGAUUUUCGUUUUAUUAAGUUUCACACACUCACUUAGACCGUCUCUCUUGAUUGCUCUUUCUGAAUUUGCAUGCUAAGUUUCGCUUGAAUUCGUAGAAUAGAUAGCAAAAAUCAUACAUUGCAUAGUUCAAAAUACAGAGAUACAGAGAGAAAGAGUGAGCGAGGGAGAAACUAGGAAAAAAGGGUGGGUGAAUUGAAGUUGUCAAAAAGAAAGACGAAAAAAUUGGAAGGGUAUAGAGGAUGUUGGCUGGGUGUUCUUCAUUGUUGUCGCCGAGGCAUAGAUUGAGGAGUGAAGCAUCUGCACAGUUCCAAGCUUGCCAUUUCCAGUUGCCUUCCAUGAGCACACAAAGAUUGGAUUUGCCAUGUACUUUCUCCCGCAGGGAUGCCUCCCGGUCACAGCCCCUUAGGCCUGUGGGCAUUGCGGUUGAGAAAUCUAUUGAAGCAAAGACAAGUGGCUGUUCUCUCAAGCAAAAUAUUCGACUCCCUCCCUCGGCAACGAGUAUAGAAGGGAGGCGGGAUAUUAAAGAUGAAUUUUGGGGAAAAGGUAAGAGCUUGAAGAGGUUGGCUGAGCAGGGGUCAGUGGACGAGUCCUGUCUAAACAGAGGAGCAAAGAGAAAAAAGGAAACUGGUAAUGUUGAAAAAUCCUUUGAAGGCAGCCAUGGUUUGAGUUUAGGCCAACAUUUUUGGUUUCAACCUGGUUAUGAGGUGCUGCCUCGAUCUGUUGCUGGGCUUACAAGCCUUAGUCCUUCUCAAAUUCCUAUCUCUCUUGCUUGUGGGGAGGAAGAGAAGGUUUUCUUCAUGCCACCUUUGCCACUGUCAAACAACGCCUGGGAAUCCGUUGUCACUGAGAUUACAGAACUAGGUGAGAAGGACGUUGAGACAAGCCAAGGGCCUGCUGCUAAGGAAGUGUCAGGAUCGAGUACGUCGGAGAGUCAUAGCUUGACACAUAGCCUGAAUGAGAACACAUCAGAACGUGAGACAGGUAAUGGAUCUGCACUACCUUACCUACAUGAAGACACCAGGGUGGCACCAGGCAACCAAGACAGUCAGGGGGAGCCACAGGAGUUUGAGCUGAUCAGUCUACUUUUGGCCUGCGUGGAAGCAAUCAGCUCAAAGAAUAUGCCAGCAAUCAACCAUUUCAUAGCUAAACUGGGGGAUCUUGCUUCGCCGAGGGGAAGCUCCCCUUUAUACCGUAUUGCAGCCUACUUUACUGAAGCUUUGGCACUGCGAGUUGUGAGGGUUUGGCCUCAUAUUUUCCAUAUUACAACUCCUCUGGAGCUUGAUAGGGUAGAUGAUGAUGACCAUGGCACAGCACUGAGGCUUCUAAACCAGGUGAGCCCAAUUCCAAAGUUUGUUCAUUUCACCUCAAAUGAAAUUCUGUUGAGGGCUUUUGAAGGGAAAGACAGGGUUCACAUAAUAGAUUUUGACAUCAAGCAAGGGCUUCAAUGGCCUAGCUUGUUCCAGAGUUUGGCCUCUAGAGAAAAUCCUCCAAGCCAUGUUAGAAUCACUGGUAUAGGUGAAUCCAAACAAGAACUAAAUGAAACAGGAGAUAGACUUGCUGGGUUUGCUGCUGCACUAAACCUGCCCUUCGAAUUUCAUCCAGUUGUGGACAGGUUGGAAGAUGUGAGGUUGUGGAUGCUUCAUGUGAAGGAGAAGGAGUGUGUAGCUGUGAAUUGUAUUUUCCAACUGCACAAGAUGCUUUACAAUGGAAGUGGAGGAGCUCUGAGGGAUCUUUUGGGCCUGAUUCGAAGCACAAACCCCACAAUUGUUCUUGUGGCGGAGCAAGAAGCUGAACACAAUGACCCCAGUUUAGAGUUGAGAGUUUCCAAUUCAUUGAAAUAUUACUCUGCCAUAUUUGAUAUGGUUGAUUCUAGCCUUCCAAUAGACAGCCCAGUCAGAGUCAAGAUAGAGGAAAUGUUUGCACGAGAAAUCAGGAAUAUAAUUGCUUGUGAAGGAAGUGACAGGUUUGAAAGGCACGUAAGUUUUGAGAAGUGGAGGAACUUGUUGGAGCAAGGAGGGUUCCAUUGCAGGGGAAUUAGUGAGAGAGAGAUGCUUCAGAGCCAAAUGCUGUUGAAGAUGUAUUCAUGUGAGAACUACAGAAUAGUGAACAAGCAAGGCCAAGAUGGAGUGGCAGCACUUACUCUAAGUUGGCUAGAUCAGCCUCUUUAUACGGUCUCAGCAUGGUCACCAGCGGAUGUUGCUGGCAGUUCAUCAUCUUUUUCUCAGCCAACUUGAUCGUUGCAGUCACCCUUCAUCGCAUCAAAAUUCCAUUCUCAAAUACAGAAACAGAUACAAAUUCUUUGUAGGUAGGAAAAUAUUGUCACCAUUCUUUCAUUCUUUUGUUGCAGAUACCGGUCAUUGUCUGAUAGUGCAUGAGCCUCUAUUUUGAAUACGGUAGGUCAAGCCAGAUCUUUAGAUUUCAGUCAUUAGUAACUUGAGUUGUAUUCAUUCUUUGAUUCUUUAUGUAUGUCGAAAUUCUUUCCUGGUCAUGUCAUUUAUUUUAUUUCUUUUCAUGUUCUAUGGAGGAACUUCAUGUAUUACACGGACCAUGUAGCUCAAAGUUGGAUUCUUUACAUGUGAAAUUAUUUAUUUGUUUUGUGUUGAA